CUGCGUGUGGAUUUGGAUAAUACUGAUUUGAUAGACAUUUACAAAGAAAAAAUGCUUCCUGCCUCUUUAAGAAAUGUGGCCAUGAAGUUCCCCUAAUGUAGGUAUACACAAGAGGAGUCCUUUUAAAUGGCAUUGACAGUUUCCCUCACAGGCCACGCCUUGCGUCCGGGUACUGGUAUUGUAUUGGCUUUUGAGCAGUACACCAAGAGCCUGAUUGGUUAGGUGUUUUCGUUCGUUGAUGUCCCCGCAACUCCGAGACUUGUAACAUUGGGUUACAGUGUAGCAAAAUGGCGACUGUCAUUCAGAAUCCACUUAAAGCGCUAGGCGACCAGUUCUACAGGGAGGCCAUCGAACACUGCCGCAGCUACAAUGCCAGGCUCUGUGCCGAACGUAGCGUCCGCCUGCCUUUUCUGGACUCCCAGACCGGUGUGGCGCAGAACAACUGCUACAUCUGGAUGGAACAGCGCCACCGCGGGCCAGGAGUGGGGGCAGGACAGAUGUACACUUACCCCGCCCGCUGCUGGAGGAAGAAGAGGAGGAUGCACCCCCCCGUGGACCCCCAGCUGCGGCUCUGUGAGCUCCGACUCGAGGCGGAGUUAGCUCAGAAGAAGGAGGCUCCGCCCACGGAGAGCACUACGCUGGAGGCGCUGCUGCGAGGAGAUGGGCUGGAGAGGAAGGCACAUAGCAAUGCUAAGGAGGAGGAGAGCUUGCUUGAGAUCCAGAGGGUGUUAGAGGCUGAUGAAAAUGGUGACGGUUUCCUUGAUGACGACGACUAUGAAGUGGACGUUCCCAAAAGGAAGCACAGGUCCAAGGGCAGGGGCCGGGGGUCAGGACGACGGAGGGCUGAGGCAGCUUCCAGCGAUGACCAGGACAAGCCCUACGUCUGCGACAACAGAUACAGACAAAAGCAUAACUCACACACUGCUGGUCCAGUCUGUGGGAAGCGCUACAAGAACCGCCCGGGCCUGAGCUACCACUACGCCCACACCCACCUGGCCGAGGAGGAGGGCGAGGACGAGAGGGAUCCUGAGCCGGCCUCGCCCCCUUACCACCCCGACAACCACAAACCUCACAAAGGCCCCGACGGGACCGUCAUUCCCAACGACUACUGUGACUUCUGCCUGGGGGACUCGGACUCCAACAGGAAGACCGGCCAGGCGGAGGAGCUGGUUUCCUGCUCGGACUGCGGGCGCUCCGGCCACCCUACCUGUCUGCAGUUCUCGGACAGCAUGAUGCAGGCCGUGCGCACCUACCAUUGGCAGUGCAUUGAGUGCAAGUCCUGCAGUCUGUGCGGCACGUCCGAGAACGACGACCAGCUCUUGUUCUGCGAUGACUGUGACCGUGGUUACCACAUGUACUGCCUGAAGCCCCCUAUGACCCAGCCCCCUGAAGGGAGUUGGAGCUGUCACCUGUGCUUGGACCUCCUAAAGGACAAGGCCUCAGCCUUUAUUGGGCCUUAGUGCCACCAGUACACUGAUACACAUCUCACUGCUACUGACGCAGUGAUACUGAUACACAUCUCACUGCUACUGACAUAGUAAUACUGACACACAUCACACUGCUACUGACAUAGUAAGUACUGACACAAAUCACACUGCUACUGACACAGUGAUACUGAAACAUCACACUGCCACUGACUCAGUGAUCCUGGCACACAUGCUGCAGAGGAUUAAAAAUGUAAAUGCUCUUUGAUUGGAAUUUGGAAUAGUUUAAAUAGUUUACAUAUCCACUGUUGUUUGUGCCAAGUAACAAUACAUAGCCAAAAUAUUGCAAUAAUGCACUCACAUAUGAACACUGGUGCAUGCAUGUGGACUACCAACAUGCACACACAACACACACAACACACGCGCACGCACACACACACACACACGUUAUUUUUUCUCUCUGUAACACACAGAGCCUAAUUGCUCUUGAAACGUAAUUGUAUAAAAAGACAUCAAUAGCACUGACCUCAAACUGACCACGUGAUGUGGACAUUCUCAUGAAAUGAUCACACAGUGUGGACAGAUUGACCUCAAACUGUUUGUACACCAACCAGAAAAAAACCAUACGCUUACCUCAAAUUGACCAUGAACAGGGUUUCUGUGGUCUGUCCUUCCUGUUUAGCACUAUUCUUCUAUUCUGUCAAUAAUAGCAUAGAUGCUAUCAUGCUCAUCGUAUUAUGUUGAGUUUACUGUACAUUUGUCUGGAGUGGCAUAUCAGACAAGACAGAGCUUGUAAAACAUUGGCUUUGGACCAUUAGUGGAACAAACAGUCCCACAUAUUGAAAAUGUGAUUUUGGCUAGUGUUCUUGUGUUGUUACAUAUAUGUUCAGUAUUUUGAGCCCACCUCAUAGAGGUGGAGCAAAAACAAUGACCAAGCAUUUCACGAACAGAAAACAUGAGAUGCAUGUUUCUUUUGUUCUCUUCGGCAAUGCUGAAAAUACAGAAACUGUUGCUUGAGCUGUAUAUGGUCCAUAUGGACCCAUUUCAAUUCCAUUUUUAAUAUUCAGCCUUUUGGCUUGUUUUUAACAUAUGCCAAAAUGUUUACGGGCCAAAUGAUCUAUAGCGUAAUGUCCAUACAUAAUAAUAAUAAUCUCCCAAACCCAAGCCCAUGCUGGCUGUCCCUGUAAAUAUAUGUCUUAUGUCUCUUUAUGUUUCUAGGUGGCAUUUUACAACAUGCAACAUAUGAUGUUAUUUAGUAUUUAAAUUAGAAAGGAUGUAUUUAUUCAUAGUUAAAGGGAUGCUCUGAGCGGUUUAUAUCAAUGAUUUGUAAACUGAGGUUUGGAUAACCGAAAACCUCAAAAUAUUGUACAAUUAGAGAGAAAACAAUAUUCCUUUGUAAUUGAGGUUGUUCCUUUUUGAUUAUUUAAGAAAUCCAUUCUUAAGAAUCUAAGCUGGAGUGAGAAAUUGUAACUAACUGGAAAUACAUGAUGACUACUGUGUUCUGACAAUCAUGGGAUACAAUGAAGCCGUUUAGUAUAGUUUUAGUUGUUUAGAUCUCUUAGCCAGCAUCAGUUACCGGUUGACUACUAGCCAUUUUAAAACCUAAAAGUGAUCUGACAUUUUGUAUUUGUGACCUAGGCCUUUGUAUCAUGUAGGUAAAUCUUUUUCACUGUUUUCAGUUUCUAUAUUUGAAUUAACAUUUUUAAAAGAGUUGGAGGCCCUACAGGAAAUUUGCAUGUAGAAGUGUUCAUAUGAUAGGUCUGGUAGACUGCUCUCUCUGUACACACCACACUGACAUCUAUCUGUAUGUAACUUUUAUUUGAACAAGAGAGAAACCUCACAUUAAAAUCUCUUUGAAGAGAGGCCCAAAGGCCUCCUUCAGAGACUUCCUUGAGACUGUAACGCUGUACCAAACUCUGGAUUCCUUGCUACUCCUCAGACCUGUGUCAUGACCUUUGACCCCAGCAUCCUGUUACCUCAGAUAAGGCUGUGUUUUUCUGGUCCUGCCCCUUGAGAACCAAUCAAGUUCUCAGAAGCAUGACCAUGGUUCCUGGACUGUUUAUCAUGAGACACAGAAUGGGUGCUUCUGUGGUCCACUCUUGUCGUUCCUGUCCUGCAAAGUUCGGACUUCAACAGACUCUUUCAAAGCAGAACUGAUCGUGUGAGAGACCACAGAAUCUGUGGUUUUUGCUUUAUGCUCUCCUUUCCAGGUCUGGCUCCAGCCUUUUUCACCCAGACAGUGAACCAUUGAGUGGACGUACAAUCACACAAUCCAAAGCCUGCGGUCUUCCUUGACUGAGAAAACAGGACUCACUUUAAGAGAUCAAUACUGUUCAGAAAACACCACGCUCAUUUGCAAACUCUGGAGUAUUUGUUUACUUGCCACGUGUACUGUAUAGUAUGGAAAUCAAAUUUAAAGAAAUAAUAACAGGGUGUUUCUGUGUAACUGGCAAAAAUCAUAGGUGCAAUGGUUUUACUGGUUUUAGAAUUAGCUGUUACGGAAUUUAUGCAUUUGUCCGAGAGGUUGAUUUUUGUUUUGGUUUGGUUUUAUUUAUUUAUUUUUUGUAUUUGAGCCAAUUGAUGUUUCUGGUGAUUAACCAGCAUUAAUAAUUAAAAAAAAGCAUUACUGGAAAAAUGAAA